UAUUUCUGCGGCACAUCCCUCUUCUUCCUUUUCGCCUUCACCCCCUUCCCUUCUCUCCCUCUCAUCGCCCUCGUCGCCAUUGAAACGCCUCCUCGAAGUGAACGGUUACUCUCUCUGACUCCCGCGCAAGCUUAAUCUGCUCUUCUUUGUUCGCUUCGUCGUUCCUCUCUCCGAUACUCACCGGCGUCUCCUCUCCUCGGGAGCCGCGGGGAUUAAUUCGCAUCAGGCGGUAAGUACCGGAACCCUAUUCGGAGCUGAUACCGGGAGGCGUGGGAUGAUGAGAGAUCGACCAGCGCGCGCCCUGGAAUAGCUGUAGUAAGCCACCGAGAGUUUGGCGCAACCGGAGGCAUGAAAAAUGAUAUGCUCAAUUGAUCAAAAUGCUUAAACGUACUUGAGGAUUCUCACACUUGGCUAGAAUCUGGGACAUGCAACGUGUGUUCUUCUCCUUGCAUGGUGUUUGCAGUUCAAUUGGCCUUCACCACAGAUGGAGUUGAACCUUGAUAGUGGGCCUUCAGAACAUAUCACUUCCCAGAAAGAAGAUGAUGAUUCUUUGAUCAAUGUUGCUGUUAAGAGUAGAGGACAUAAUGUGCAGAAGAAAGAAGAAAGCACAAUAUGUCAUCCACAAAAUAAUAGUUUGGUACAUGAUUCAUUUGUUGAAAAUGCUGAAAGUAAACAAACAAUUGUGGCACCAGCAGUACAUGUUGCAUCUGAGAAGGUUGUCUUAGAUCGCAAGGCUACUUUUGAUGCAGUUGAAGAUAACAAUUUCCAACAAGAACAAAUGAACUCUACUGAUGAUUGUCUUUUUUCCUCAGACAGCAAUAAAACAUCAGAUUUGCAUAACAGAAGAACUUCAAAUAUUGCUGAUGAACAACAUAAAAAGUGCCAAAGGGACAAUAUUCCAUAUGCUGUAUUAAGCGAUUCUAGCAAUGCAAAUCAUGAUCAUCCUGCGGAAUUAGAGAAGAAACUUAUAGGAUGCCACGCCAAAUCAUCUGAAUCUUCACUUGAGAAAAAUGGCAUAAAGGAGAUUCAAAAAGAAGUUAUUGAUCACUAUAAUAAUAAUGAAUCUGAAGAGAAUCAUACUAACCCUAUAGGAAAUUCAACACUUAUGUUGAAGAAUAGUAGUGCAUCUUGUUUGGAAGAUGACAACCCUUAUCCCAAUACCGACAGCUCAAAAGACCCCCAUUCAAGUAGUAAUAUAUCUUCAAAAUCCCAAUUUUUUUGUUCAGGCUCACCAGGGAGAACACAUCUUUCUCAAACCAUGGCCAAUGUGAAUGGGGAAAAAGAUACUGCAGAUGGCGAUGUUAGCAAAGAAGAUAGUGGAAAUACUCAUCCUCAAUUAGUUUCUCUGGGAGGCAUUGAUGCUGAAAAUUGCAGCAGUGGAUUCAAGCUGCAAGAGGUAGUAAAAUCAAGGGAAAGUAAAGACCAAGCUGAUAGCCCCAACUCAAAUUCUGAGACACCUCAGGUGCUUUUACAGCCAGAUUUUGAGACUGAAGUUUCAGCAGAAACUGAAGAUGAUGUAAAAGUCUGUGAUAUAUGUGGGGAUGCAGGUCAGGAUGAGUUGCUUGCUAUCUGUAGCAGAUGCAGCGAUGGGGCUGAGCAUAUCUACUGCAUGCGAAUAAUGUUGGCUGAAGUUCCUGAAGGUGAGUGGUUAUGUGAAGAAUGCCAACUGAAGGAAGUUGCAGAAGUGGCAGGAAAAACUGAAGCACAAAUUGCUCCAACAGAAGCUCCACUGCAUUUAAAAGAAAAUACUAGAAGUAAGGAAGGCAGUGUGGAGAAUAAAGCAACUGAUCCAGAUGUGAGAAGAUACUAUAAAGAUCCAAUUAAGUCUAUUUCAAUUAAGACAAAGGAAGAGAAAUUGGAGGUUAAUUCUGUUUCUAAGGAGAAUCUCUGUGAAGCAGUUGAUGCAUCUACUGGAACAAUUGUUCCUAAGAAACCUUCUCAGUUCCCAUGUGAGAACAACAACAAACAUGAUAGUGUGAAGGUAAAACCAAUCUCCUCCACAAUAUGUGGCAAGUCAGAAGGAAUAUAUCACCCAGAUUCUCAUACACAAACUGCCUCUGGCCUUGAAUCAUCUAGGAUACAAACACAUUUGCAACCAACACGUGUCUCAGGGCCUCUUGCAAAGUCAAAUUCGUUUAACAAUUCAAAAGUGCCAAAAGUGAAGCAGUUGCUGGAUAAUGUUCCUUGGAAGCUAAAACUUAACAGGGAAUCUAAUUUAACCAACAAAAAAAAUGAAGGACCAUCCCGGACAAUCACAAAAUCUGCAUCAUUUGGAAGUGAGACUUCAGGCUUCUCCAAUGCUGAGACAUCAAACAAAGUACAUGCACUUAACCCACCACAUUAUGAGUAUUCUAAGCCAGUGAAAGGUGGGAUUAUGCUGGAUAAGAAAAAUUCUACAUGUGAUCAGCAAUUUGUCACUCCGGCAGUGUCGACAAAGGUUGAUUCAAAUGUUCAAAACUGUGGUUACAAAUUAAGCAGGAUGUCUGAUUUAAGCAAUCUAUCUGGUAAAAGAGGAUCAAUUGAUGCAACUAGUUCAGCGAUUGAAGUGAAGAUACAACCAUCAGCUUUGCUCUCUCGAACUGCUGGAAGUACAUCUGUAGUUAGAUUAUGUAAGAAUGAAGAUCAUAAGACUUCUCAACCUGUUUCCAAGGCUGCAGUUUUAACACAAAGAGAUGUCAAAGCCAAGGACCAAACAUCUAUAAACUCUAGGCAGGCAGCUCCGGUCCAAAAUCGUUUACCGCGUUGCCAUAAGUGUAAUGAAACAGGUCACACUGCACUGUUCUGUGCAGUUGACAAACUUCGCAUGACUGCCACAAAACCUUCUUCUGAACGAAGUUUGAAGGAUAUGGAUAACCGAGGUAUUAAGUGGAAAAAUGUAAUUGAGGGGUUAACUUGGAAUCCUGGAACUAAGAGAAAAUCGGCUGAUCAAUCCGAGGAUGCUUCUUUAGCCAGUGCUGAUGUAAAUUCUGAAGCCACAAUUUUAUCAAGUUUUAAAAAUCUGUCUUCCAUUGCAAGGACAACUGAUGUUCAAAAUUGUAGUAAAGCAGCAUAUACUACCCAUGUAAAACAAAUGGAAGAUCAUAAGAAAUCUAUAAAUGUUCCUGGAGGGACAGUUGACUUUUCAGAUGACAUGUUGGCAAUGCCUACUGCAUUCCCUGGCCAAGCUUCCAUUCCCAUUGAUCUACUGAGAAUUUCAGUUAUUCCAGAGAUGGACUACAUCUGGCAAGGUGCUUUUGAGGUGUUGAGGGCUGCCAAGCCUCCUGCUGUUUUUGAUGGUUUUCAGGCUCAUUUAUCGUCCAAUGUCUCACCCAAAGCACUUGAAGUGGCAGGACAGUUUCCAUGCAAAGUUCAGUUGAAGGAAGUACCUCGUCUAAGCUUAUGGCCCCUGCAGUUUCAUGAGCGCAGUCCUAGAGAAGAUAAUGUUGCUAUAUUUUUCUUUGCUAAAAAUAUUGAGAGUUAUGAAACGUAUUAUUGGAAGCUAUUGGAUAAUAUACUAAAAAAUGAUCUAGCUCUCGUAGGUGUUAUUGGUGCAAUACAACUUCUUAUAUUCCCUUCAAAUCUAUUACCAAAGGACUCCCAACGUUGGAACAAUUUAUUUUAUCUCUGGGGUGUAUUUAGAGGAAGUCAGGAAAAUAGCUUGAUAGAUCUGCCUGGUCUUAAUAAGAAGCCUUCUGUUUCUAGUUUGAAGGUGGAACCUGCCACCCAAGACCUGUCUAUGGCAACUGCUUCUGGUGUUUGUAGCAGGCUUAUCAUAUCUGAUGUCAAAAAUAGGGCUGUUUCAAAAUCUGACAGAUUGCCCACUGCAGAUGCAUCUAAAUGUAUCUGCAGUGAUCUUCAGGAUAUUCCAACAUCAGGGAAGGAUAAUGAGGUCUCCAACAAAGAACCUGCUCUUCUAAAGGAUACCUUGCAUCAGGCUGUUCCUGAUGAUGAAGUGCAAAAGAAGCAGAUUUCAUCCUCUUUUCCUGCAGCUUCCACAUCUAGAAACAUGAACCAGCACAAUUCAGUCCUCAUUUCCCAUCCAGAACCAAAACUUCAGAUAGACAUUGAAAAAUUGCCUCCAGAGAUGGAAGAUAAUCUCUACAGCUUGGACGAAUUUGCUAGUGAUUCAGAUUGCAGAAUAGAUCAUGAAAACCUUGUUCAUGGCAGCAGUGGACGGGUUGGUAAUUGUUUAGAACACUCAAAGUUGGUUUCGUUAAUCUGCUGGCAAGAUAAUGAAAGAAAUGUGCAAAUGUUAGAUAGCUGGGAAUCAAAGUCUAAACUGAAACGUGCACAUCCAAGCUCACUGGAUACACUAAAAAAUUCUUCUGGUAAUUUGUUACAAACCACAGGUGAUUCAAUGCUGUGGACAGAUGGGUCAACAUGCACAUCUCCGAGUGAUGAAAAAGAACAUAAAAAGAUGAGGCUUGAUAAUGGUGAGCAUAUCAAUUGUAACUCGACGGAGGAAACUUCAUGCAGUAGAUUAUUCUCUAAAAUGCAACCUGUACCAUCUAGUUUAACAAAUACUAGCCUGUUCUAUGGAGAAACAUCAGAGAGCUCAAAAAAUACUGAAAAUUAUUUCUUCCAUGUCACUCAAGGACCUACAUGUACAAAGGCAGACAACCGAAUUUAUGUUUCUUUGGAUGAUGACGAUUCGCCUAAAUCUAAUAUCCCUGAUCUUGAGUUAGCUUUGGGAGAUAAAAGAAGUCUCAUAAACCAGGUGGCCUUCCCUUUGUCAACUCAAAAGGCUACAGAAAGGAACAAUCAAGAUAAGCUACUUGUUGCUGAAGUGGUUGAUGGAGAUGAUGCACCAGCUUCGCUUUCCCUCUCACUAGCUUUUCCUGUAUCAGAUAAGGCACAAACUGCUAAGUCAAAUUCAGAAGCAGAGCAGCUUUUGCCUGAUAAGUCUUGCACUGACACCUCUUUACUUCUUUUCAAUGGCUGUACAGACCGAUAAGUUAAUUCAGAAUCACAGUUCAUAACAGCUUGUAAGUUGCCAUCAGUAAUUGCAGCCAGAAUGUAGUUUCCUCAAGAUAACGAUGCAUUAUGAGGCCCUUGGCCAUCAAUUUUCUAACUGUAAUAUAUGCAAUUACUUCAAUUCCUGUCUUUUGGAUGUCAAGUGCCGAGUCACCAUUGUUGAAGUCUAUAUACAAGAGGGCUGACCAGGCUCAUGGUGUUUGGCCUUGGCUGAUGUAGUGUGUAAACUACUUAUCAAGGCAGCAUCUCAUAUGUUGGAGCGAAGAGGCAUGACAUCAACUGCAUUGUUACCAAUGCUUAUGUGGCCGAAGGAUGGUUAGUCUACGGCAGCAUCUCUUUUCACAACCCAUAUGCCAAUUAACAGACUGGAUGAGCCUUGCACUUUUUUUUCAUCGGCAUGGACCGUUGCAAAUAACACAAGAAAUAGAUGAGCAGGACAUCAAGGCAAAUCCCCAUCUAAUGCAAUUAUCAUGGAAACAUCUUGUUCCUCAUGCUCAUUCAGAGCUAGCUAAUGCAAAUUCCUUGUAGUCUUUACACAUUCAGAAACACUAACUCAGCAAUAAGUCGAGAGAUGUAUUCGCUGCUAUCCUAAUUGAGUUACAGAGUCUAUAUGGUAAACUCUGUGUUUUGAGCUGUGUUGUAAAUCCUGUAGAAUUUUUUCAUUUUCACAGUUCUACAAGUGAAUGCUCCUGUAUAGAUUUUGUUUUAGUUGGAAAGACCUGGUGGUCCUCUGUUCCCAUCGACAGUCUUUUUGAGCA